UUUAGACAGGCGUCAGCUUUGUGGGAUCUCUUCUCAAGUUUUGACCAAUUCAUACACCGACUGUCUGCUGUUCAUUUGACGUGGACAUUGGCUCGAAGAAGGGAUCAGGUUUUCACCUCGCAUCAGAACAAAUACAACAAAAAUGCCUGGACCAGCAGCAAGUGCAACCAAUGUUGGGGCGUCUAGCCGUUCCCCCACUAAGACGGUGGCUCCCCGUGCAGCAGGCUCCACAGUCAGACAGAGGAAAGCUACCAGCAGCGGUACACGCAGCGGUGGCAGGACCACAGGAUCUGCAGGUACCGGUGGCAUGUGGCGCUUCUACACAGAAGACUCGCCAGGCCUCAAAGUCGGCCCGGUGCCAGUGCUCGUGAUGAGUCUGCUCUUCAUCGCUUCGGUCUUCAUGCUGCACAUCUGGGGGAAGUACACCCGCUCUUAAACUCUACCUGAUGACCUCUGACCCUGUGGCUUGGCUUCUUAACAUAUUGGACCUGGACCAAACAACAACCACCGUACUCCCCUGGUUCCCUUCUGAACUAUCAACAACAAACAACUUGAUUUUUAUUUUUUAUGCGACUGAUUCAGUACACGAUCUUCAUCUGCACAGAUGUUGGUAUCCACCUUGUUGCUGUUGCCCUGCCUGUAUUUUUAAAAUCUGAAGGGGUGAACGGGAGGAAGCCAUGCUAGCUCACCACUGAUGUAAUGUCUGUGUGUGUGUGUGUGUGUGUCUCUCCCUCCAAGCAGCACGUUCCCGCCACUGCUGCAUGAAGGUUCACUGCAGUACUCAAGGACAUUGUUGUUUUCAGGCCCCAGAAAACAUUUCCUCUUGUAGCCUGAAUUUCAUUUUUUUUUUUUGUUAACAGCAUUUGUACAAAUGUAA